AUGGACUACAAGAUCAACUUCAAUGCACACAAGUCAGGUGUCCACAAUCUAGAGGUUUAUUACGGAGUUGAAGUACCUCAUAAUUUUUCUGCAACUAAAUCAUACCAUUAUGUCGAAAAUUCAGGCCAUAUAUUCUACAUAUUACAAUUUUCAUCCGGUUUCAUGAAUGAAAACUUUCUUUUUUUACCGCCAUCAGGAUUAGAUCGUCCUUACGGUUUAGUUCCAGAGCUUGAGUAUCUUUUCUGGAAGAACAAAGAGCAUAUCAUCUCUUUUUCCGAUACCCGUGAAUGGCACGUAAGCGUAAGCUGGGAUAUCAAAAACGGUGAAGCACAAUUGACAAAUUCAGAUAAUUGUCGGAAAUCGAAUUCUUCUCAUCAUUUAAACUUCUGUGAAUGGCCAAAACAAGUUUCAAACCCUUCAAUAGAUGGAGCAGUAAUAGUUAAUGCUGGCCACUAUAUAGAUUUAUACCAGCAUUUCUAUGACAACGCGCAACCUCACAACGCAAUUUCCCUUUUGACAACUGGUUUGUCUCCGAAAGACGUGACAAUAUAUACACAAGCAUGCGGAAAUUUGGUACACCAGAUGCAAGAUCAUAUGGGAUACAAGAGCCAAGUCACGUGCCAAGGCAAGGGUGUUCGUGUUAGCGCGAAAAGAUUGAUAUUGGCUGCUGUCGUGAGAGUUUGUCAUCCAUGGUAUUUCGAUUGGUUCACGAGUUUAAUGGAUUUGCCGGAAUUGAAAAGGGAUAAAAUAAUAUUAUUGCCGAGAGGAGGAAUAUUUGGAGGAAAAGGUGAAAGAAUUAUAGAUAAUCUCAUAGACUUAGUCGAACCUCUUUCUAAAAUUUAUGGACGUGAAAACAUUAUUGUUUUCAACAAAGAUGAUUAUAGGAAUUUUGAAAAACUUAGAGAUUUGUUUUCUUCGGCAAAGAUUGUUAUUGGACCUCAUGGAGGCGCUUUCUACAACGCAUUCCUUGGAGGAAAAGAUAUUGUUGUCGUGGAGUUGCUUCCAAUACAAAUGGAUGGAACUUAUCCUUCUUCCACUUUUGGAAAUAUGUGUAUUUAUUCAAAUUCUCAAAUGCUUGGACAAACAUUGUUUAGGUACUAUACGAUAUCAUAUAAUAUCAAUUAUAAAAUAGAUAUAGACGAUUUCAUGGAUUGGUUUAAAUAUUAUCCAAUGAGACAAGUAGAUUGA